AUGAACAACGGCGGCCACAUGCAUGGAAUGGCUAUACGGCCGCCGAGCAAUGGCACAGGAGGUGGCAAGGUGACGAUGAACCAUCGUCACAUGAUGAUGCACACGGCGUUUUUCUGGGGAAAGAAUACUGAGAUUCUCUUCUCAAGUUGGCCUGGAUACAAUAAUUUGGGCAUGUACAUUUUGGGACUUGUUUUUAUCUUUUUCAUGGCAAUUUUCUUCGAAUUUCUCUCUCAUAGCAAUUUUAUUAAAGGGGAUAAUAAUGUUGAUCAUGUGAGAGUUGGACUUCUUCAGAUAACUUUGUAUGGUUUGAGAGUUGGCUUAGGUUAUGUUGUUAUGUUGGCUGUUAUGUCUUUUAAUGUUGGUAUUUUCUUGGUUGCUAUUGUUGGACGCUUGUUGUACACGAAGGAUAUGCCUUUUUGUGAAUCGGAGAAUGAAUCAAUCUCACACCCUUUCUUUCAGUACUCUGUCUUAGCAUCAGGGUGGAACAAGCUACUACAAUGGCAGGACAUAUAA